AUGUCAAUAUGGAUAUAUCAUUCAUUAUGCAUCAUAGUUUUAUAUAUAAGUACAGGUUUACUUCAUGCACAACAUCAAUCAAUUUAUAUUCAAAAUUAUCAUCAAGCAUUUGAUAAUACAAAUACAGAUAAAAGAUCAUUAUCAUCAUCAUCAUUUCAAAGAGAAGAUGAUUUUAAUAGUCCAUUAAAUAAUCGUUUAGAGGUUAAUCUACCAACAACAUUAUCAACAAGUGAUUUUUCAUUGGCAAUGACAAAUGAAUCAAGAAUCAAAACAGAUUUCAUUUCUACAACGAACAAAACAAUAUUACAACACAAUAGUACUUACUCAUUCAAUAAUAUUUCAUUACCAUCAACAGAAAAUGAAUAUUAUAAUUUUAAUUAUCGAGAACCAACUCCACCACAUGAACAAAUAAAUCAAACAGUCGAUAUGUUUCUAACUAAUAAUUCAACAAAACCAACAUUUAUUCAAAAUCAUACUGAAUUAUUUGUUGAUUGGUCAAAUCAAACUUAUCUUGUUCGUAAAAUUUUACAGAAUAAUCAACAAUUCAAUGAUUAUAAGACAACAUUAGAAGAAGCAGCUCAACAUUUAACUGAUCGAAAAUUAAUGCAAUCACUUAUUCAUUUAAUUCCACCACAUUUAUGGUCACAAAUACAACAUAAUCAAUCAAUAGUUCAUCAAAAUCAAACUAAUUAUAUGAAGCCAUCGUUACCUAAUCCUGUUUUACUUGCAGAAGCAGCUGCACAAGCAGGUUUACCUGGUCCAGGACCUUAUCCUAUACCAGAACACUUAUGGCCCCGAAAUCCUCCACAAAUGAUGACAAGAUUACCAAAAACAAUUUCAACAAGUCGAGCAUCAUAUCCAACACAGACAACAACUUUGCGACCUAGACCAUUUGUACCUGUAAAAUCAGUUACAUCUCCACCAAACAAUAAUAAUGUAUAUUCAUUAUUUUCUCAAAUUGGUUUUACUUGUCCAUCAGGUGUUAAUAAUAUUCGUUAUCCAGAUCGACGAUUAUGUAAUAUGUAUUAUACAUGUACACCAUUAGGUGCACCUGAACCAAAUCUUUGUCCAGAAGGUCAUCUUUUUUCUGAAUUUUCUUAUGAUUGUGAAUUAGCUUCAAAUGUUAAUUGUGGAACACGUUUAGCAGCAUUCUUUGAAACUGAUGAUAAUAAAUUCGAUUCAAUUGCAACUACAUCACGAUCAAAAUUAAGUUUAAUCAAUGGUACAAUUGAAUGUAUUCUUGGUGCUGAUGGUUAUUAUGAAGAUUCAUUAUAUUGUAAUGUUUAUCAUCAUUGUAUAGCUGGAAUUGAUUAUAUUGAACAUUGUCCUAAUCAAUUAGCUUGGAAUGAAGAAAAGAAAAUGUGUGAUUGGACAACAAAUGUUAAUUGUACAGGUAAAACAAUGCCUGUUGUACAAAGUAAAACAUCAUUUUGUACAAAUCGACAAGAUGGUCGUUAUUCAUCAGAAAAAUAUUGUAAUGUAUUUCAUCAUUGUAUUGGUGGUACCGAUCAUAUUGUACGAUGUACAGGAGAAUUACAAUGGGAUGAUAUAAGAAAAGAAUGCGGAUGGAAAUCAUCUGUUCGUUGUGGUCUACCAAAAAAAAUGUUACCAAGUGAAAGUAAAUUUAAUUCAACAUUUUGUACAGGAAAAGCAGAUGGAUCAUAUCCACAUGAAGAAUAUUGUAAUGUAUAUCAUGCAUGUGAAUCUGGCACUGAUAAUAUGCGUCAAUGUCCUAAUCAAUUGUUUUGGGAUAAUGAACAACAAAAAUGUGAAUGGUCAGAUAAAGUUCAUUGUUCAGGACGUACUCUUGUUGCUCUUUCAAUGAAAUCAAGUUUAUUUUGUAUGGAAAAAAUCAAUGGAUUUUAUAUGGAUCCACAUUAUUGUAAUGUUUAUCAUCAAUGUAUGGCUGAUAUUGAUGUUAAAUUACAAUGUCCAGAACGAUUAGUAUUUAAUGAAACAUUAAAACGAUGUGAUUGGCCUGAAUUAACAGAAUGUAAAAGUGGAAAUAUAUUAGUUGAAAAUAGUGAUCGUAAUGGAUUUUGUGCAGAUAAACCGAAUGGAAAUUUUGCUCAUGAACAAUAUUGUAAUCGUUAUUAUAUAUGUCAAAAUGGAAAAGAUGUUGUAUUUACAUGUCAAAAUAAUUUACGAUAUUCAAUAGAAAAAAAUGAAUGUGAUUGGGCUGUUAAUGUUGAUUGUAAAGGAAAAGCAGAUUAUAUGUGGGAAGGUAUUAAAGAAAAUUUUUGUAAACGUUUACCAGAUGGAAAUUAUCCAGAUACUAAAUAUUGUAAUACAUUUCAUCAAUGUCAAGCAGCUAUGGAUUAUUCAAAAAGAUGUCCAAAUCGGCUUAUGUUUAAUGAAGAAACAAAAGAAUGUGAUUGGGAAGAUAAAGUUGAUUGUAAAGGUCGAGAAAAAUUUAUUGAUACUGAAGGACUCGAUGAUUCAGUACAUGCAGGAUCCAAUAAUACUCGAGGACGUUCAACAAAAUUUUGUAUGGUCAAACAAAAUGGAGAUUAUGAGGAUUUGUAUUACUGUAAUGUUUAUCAUAAUUGUCAUGGAGGUUUUGAUACUAUUCAAUAUUGUACACGAGGUUUAGUGUGGCGUCAAGAAAGUCAAACAACAGGUAGAUGUGAUUGGUCUAAAGAACGAUCAUCAGACGGAGUCGAUUGUAAUGGAAAAGCUAUAUUUUUUAUUGAAAAAUUAGCUGAAACAGAUAUUUUAUCUAAUUUACGUUCAGAAUUUUGUAUAAGUAAAGGUCCUGGUCUAUAUGAACAUCAACGAUAUUGUGAUCUAUAUUUACAAUGUAAUGAACAAGGUGUUGGUGUAACUAUGGAAUGUAGUCCUGGUCUUGUAUUCAAUGAAAAUAAAAAAGAAUGUGAUUAUCAAGGAGAUACUAAUGAUGAAACAAAAGGAACUCUUUGUUUACAACCACGAAGUUUUCUUCGAUCAAAACCAAAAGCUGAACAAGCUUCAAUAUUAUUCGAAGGUGCUGAUGCUACUGGACAAUUUCCAACACGUUUUGAUUGUAUCAAUAAAAAUCAACAAGCUAUGUUUGCUGAUAUAGAUUGGUGUAAUAUCUAUCAUGUAUGUGUUGGAAAUCGAGAUAAUAUAUUUUUAUGUCCACCUGGUACUAUAUUUAAUGAUACAAAACAAGGUUGUAUGGAUCGAUUUGAUGGUAUUAAUUGUAAUGGUACACGUUCUUAUUAUAAACCAUCAAUGAAACGUCAAAAACGUAUUGAUUCACCAACUGGAUCAAAAACAUUUCAAUCAUAUGUUAAUUUAAAGCGUGUACCUAGAAAAGUUAAUAAUCAACAACUUCCAUAUCAAUGGAAAAAAUCAUAUCAAUCGAGACAAUUCAAUGAUAAUUCUUUCGAAUGGCAAUACCGUCAUUAA